AUGGCCUCCCGAAAGAAGAUUCUGCUGAAGGUCAUAAUUCUGGGAGACAGUGGAGUAGGAAAGACGAGCUUGAUGAACCAAUAUGUCAACAAGAAGUUCAGCGCAUCAUACAAGGCGACGAUCGGCGCCGACUUUCUGACCAAGGAAGUCCUUGUCGACGACCGACUGGUGACCAUGCAGCUUUGGGACACAGCAGGACAGGAACGCUUCCAGUCGCUCGGAGUCGCCUUCUACAGAGGUGCCGACUGCUGCGUGCUGGUCUACGACGUCAACAACUCGAAGUCAUUCGACACAUUAGACUCCUGGCGAGACGAGUUUCUGAUCCAAGCUAGCCCGAUGGACCCAGACAGUUUUCCGUUCGUAGUCCUCGGCAACAAGGUCGACGUCGAGGAAAGCAAGCGGGCAAUCAGCUCGAAACGGGCAAUGGCCUUCUGUCAGGCGAAAGGUGGCAUCCCGUACUUUGAGACGAGCGCCAAGGAAGCAGUGAACGUGGAGCAAGCCUUCGAGGUCAUCGCUCGGAACGCUCUCGCACAAGAAGAAUCUCAGGACUUUAACCAGGAUUUCCCCGAAACCAUCCCGAUCAACAUAGGCGAGGAGCAGUCCGGCUGCUCGUGCUAG